AUGUCGAUUAAGGUGGUCGUUGAAGGGCUUACUUUGAACAUCAUUAGUGCGUAUGCGCCGCAAGCGGGCCUAGGCGAGGAGGAGAAGAGGCGAUUUUGGGAGGAUUUGGACGAGGUAGUGGGAGGCAUACCACCUACUGAGAAGCUAUUCGUGGGAGGUGAUUUCAAUAGGCACAUCGGGUCUAUUUCGGGGGGUUAUGAUGAUGUGCAUGGAGGUUUUGGCUUCGGGGACAGGAAUGGAGGAGGAGUCGCACUUUUGGAUUUCGUAAGAGCUUUUGGGUUGGUGAUAGCCAAUUCGAGUUUCCCAAAGAAGGAGGAGCACUUGGUAACCUUCCGUAGUUCGGUGGCUAAGACUCAGAUAGACUUUCUACUCCUUAGGAAGGAUGACAAAGGUCUGUGCAAAGACUGUAAGGUCAUCCCGAGCGACAACCUUACAACCCGACAUAAGCUCUUGGUGAUGGAUUUAGGGAUCAAGAUGACGAGAAAGAAGAGGGUCGUGGGUGUUCGGCCUAGGAUCAGAUGGGGGAGUUUGACCAUGACUAGUGCCACGGAGAUGGGAGAGAAAUUGCGGAGGCUGUGGGGGCGUGGGAUAGUAGUGGGGAUGCGACCGGUAUGUGGGAUAGAACGGCUAGUUGCAUUAGGGUAG